AUGACAGUUAUUGAAAAUGAUAUUGAUGGCACUAAAGCAAUUCAAGAUAGUAAUGAUGAUGAUGGAAUGAUUAUAUUUUUUAAAGUUAGAGGAAAAAUGAAGGCAUCAACAUUUAAUGGUCAAUCGAUUGAUGAUUUAAAUGAUUUGUUUUUAAAGGAGUUCCCUGAAUAUUCAAAAGAUGGUGUACCACCAUUUAUAAUUAAACACAGACAAACUAAAACAUUAUACGAAUUAGACGAAAUAGCGGACUUAUACCCAGGCUGUACAUUGGAGAUGAAAAAAGGUUCAACAGAUUUAAUUACUGAAGGUAAAAAAAGACAAUAUGUUUAUACAGGAUUUGAAUCAGAUAAAAUCGUUGUUGUAAUGGUUGGUUUACCAGCUUCAGGUAAAACAUAUAUUUCUAGAAAAGUCAGAAACUUAUUAAAUUGGAUGGGUGUACCUGCUAAGGUUUUUACAGUUGGCGAUUAUAGAAGAUUAAGAUUGGGCGCAAAACAACCUGCAGAAUUUUUCGAUCCUGGUAAUGUUGAUGCAUCAAGAGUUAGAUUACAUAUGGCAGUCGCAGCAAUUGACGAUAUGAUGGGUUGGUUAAAUUCGGGUGCACAAGCCGCAAUAUACGAUGCAACUAAUUUGACAAAAGAAAGAAGACAAUUAAUUUUAUCAAGAUGUCUUAGAGAGGGCAUAGAAAAAGUAAUUUUUGUAGAAUCUGUAAUGACCGAUAAAAAAAAAAUCGAAACCAAUAUGAUCGAAAAUUGGAAAUCUUCACCAGAUUACGAACACCACAGCCAAGACGAAGCAGUUAAACAUUUUAGAGAAAGAUUAUCAUACUAUGAAAAAGAAUAUGUUAGUGUAGAUAAAACUGAUCAACUUCAAUAUAUUAAACUAUACGAUGUUGGUAAAAAAAUUAUUGCAAAUAAUAUUACAGGUUAUCUUCCAAGUAGAAUAAUGUUUUUAUUAAUGAAUCUUCAUUUAAAUCCACGUCCAAUUUGGUUAUGCAGAUCGGGCCAAUGUGAAUGGGAAGUCUUAGGAAAGAAAGGAGGCGAUUCAGAAUUAACAGCAGAGGGUGAAAAUUUCUCACAUAGAUUGGCUUCAUGGGUUGACGAAAAUGCGAAUGAUGAAGAGGUUACAGUUUGGACAUCAACAUUUAAGAGAUCGGUCAGAACUGCUCAAUAUAUCCCACAUCCAAAAGUUCAUGUUAAGGCCUUGGAUGAUCUUGAUCGUGGUGAAUGGCAAGGUUUAACACGCGAAGAAAUACUUAAAAAAACGCCAGAAGAAUUUGGUGCUCAUAGCGAUGAUAAGUUAGGUUAUAGAAUACCAAGAGGUGAAUGCUAUUUAGAUAUUAUUCAAAGAUUAGAAACUGUAAUUUUAGAAUUAGAAAGAACAAAAAAUACAUCAUUAAUUGUUAGUCAUCCAGCUCCUUUAAGAUGUCUUUAUGGAUACCUUACUGGUGAACCAAUUGAAAAAUUCCCAUAUAUAAAUAUCCCCUUAAAUACAGUAAUUUCAUUACUACCAACUGCCUAUGGUUGUGAAGUCAAAACUUUCAAAUUAAUGUAA